GAUAAAAGGCCGGGCGGGCCGGGCCCCAGCAGCUCGUCCGUCCCCUCGGUCCUGCCUGACCCGGCCCGCGCGGAGUCUGUCUGGGGAGGAUCAGUGAUGCUGGCUGGACCCGUCCCCACCCUGCUCCUGCUGUGCCUGGCGACCCCCAGCUGGCAGCAGCCCCCACAGGUUCGGGUGCGGCUGGUGGGGGCCAGGAGCCAGGCUGGCGAGGGGCGGCUGGAGGUGCUGUACGAUGGGCAGUGGGGGACCGUGUGUGACGACGACUUCGACAUCCACGUGGCCAGCGUGGCCUGCAGGGAGCUGGGCUUUGAGUCGGCCGUGACGUGGGCCCACAGCGCCAAGUAUGGCCGAGGGGAAGGCCCCGUCUGGCUGGAUAACGUGCGCUGUGCCGGCACCGAGCGCUCCCUGGCCGAGUGCGACUCCAACGGCUGGGGCGUGAGCGACUGCCACCACGGCGAGGACGCCGGCGUCGUGUGCUCAGGCCGGCACCCGCCCGGUGCCCCUGCCCCGGGCCCAGCCGCCGGCCUGCAGGGAAGGAAGCUGGAGGAGGUGCGGCUCAAGCCCGUCCUGGCCUGGGCUAAGCUGAGCGUGCCCAUCAGCGAGGGCGUGGUGGAGGUGAAGCACGAGGGGCGCUGGAGGCAGGUGUGCGGCGCCGGCUGGACCAGGAACAGCAGCCGCGUGGUGUGCGGGAUGCUGGGCUUCCCCCGGGAGAAGCGGCUCAACACCGGCGUCUACAGGAAGCUCUGGAACCUGCAGCUGAAGGAUCCCAAGUCGAGCCUGAGGACCCUGAGCCGGAAGAACGCGUUCUGGAUCCACCGGGUCAGCUGCCUGGGCACGGAGCCCCACCUGUCCCACUGCCCGGUGCAGGUGUCCCCAGCCAGCAGGCUCCAGCCCGCCUGUGCCCGCGGCAUGCACGCCGUCGUCAGCUGCGUCCCGGGCGCCGAGUUCCAGAAAGCCAAGGCCAAGCCGUUCCGCCAGGGCCUGCGCGCAGAGGGGCCCCAGGUGCGUCUCCGGGCUGGCGCCCAGGUGGGCGAGGGCCGGGUGGAGGUGCUGCACCGUGGCCACUGGGGCACCGUGUGCGACGAAAAGUGGAACCUGCUCUCAGCCAGCGUGGUGUGUCGGCAGCUGGGCUACGGGACGGCCAGGCAGGCCCUGGCGGGGGCCCAGCUGGGCCAGGGCCUGGGCCCCAUCCACAUGACCGAGGUGCAGUGCACGGGCUCCGAGCGCUCGCUCCACGAGUGCCGCUUCCAGGAGGCAGCGCAGAGCGGCUGCCGGCAUGAGGCCGACGCUGCCGUCCGGUGCAACGUGCCGCGCAUGGACUACCAGAGCCAGGUGCGCCUGGUGGGGGGCCGUAGCCCCGAGGAGGGUGUGGUGGAAGUGCUGGUGCCGGUGGGGGGCGCCCUGAAGUGGGGCUCCGUGUGUGGUGAACGGUGGGGGCUGAAUGAGGCCAUGGUGGUCUGCAGACAGCUGGGGCUGGGCUUCGCCAGCCACGCCCUCAAGGAGACCUGGUACUGGCAGGGCAGCCCGGAGGCGGGCGAGGUGGUGAUGAGCGGCGUGCACUGCGCGGGCACCGAGCUCAGCAUCCAGCAGUGCCAGCGCCACGGCCCCGUGCACUGCCCGGCUGGCGGUGGGCGCUUCUCUGCCGGGGUCAGCUGCACCGACACCGCCCCGGACCUGGUGCUGGACGCGCAGCUGGUGCAGGAGACGGGCUACCUGGAGGAGCGGCCGCUCGCCCUGCUGCACUGCGCCCACGAGGAGCACUGCCUCUCGCACUCGGCCGAGCACGCCAGCUGGCCCGACGGGCACCGGCGUCUGCUGCGCUUCUCCUCCCGCAUCCACAACCUGGGCCGAGCCGACUUCCGGCCCCAGACCGGCCGCCACGCCUGGGUCUGGCACCAGUGCCACAGGCACUACCACAGCAUCGAGGUUUUCACCCACUACGACCUGCUGACGCUCAACGGCUCCAGGGUGGCCGAGGGACACAAGGCCAGCUUCUGCCUCGAGGACACCAACUGCCCCCCAGGGCUGCAGCGGCGCUUUGCAUGUGCCAACUUCGGGGAGCAGGGGGUGAGUGCGGGGUGCUGGGACACCUACCGGCACGACAUCGACUGCCAGUGGGUGGACAUCAGCGACGUGGCGCCCGGCAGCUACGUCUUACAGGUGGUCGUGAACCCCGAGCACGAGGUGGCCGAGUCCGAUUUCUCCAACAACGUGAUGCGGUGCCGGUGCAGGUACGACGGGCACCGCGCCUGGCUGCACGGCUGCCACACAGGUGACCAGUACGGUGCCGACGCCGUCCGAGAGCUGGAGCAGCAGCAGCGCCUGGCCAGUAACCUCCUCUGACGCGUGUGGGGCGGAGCGGAGCCCUGGAGCCAGCAGCUGCCCGGGGGCCGGGGGAGCAGCCCGAAAGGGGGCGGCGUGGGGCCGAGCGCUGCCCCCUGCACAGCAGCCGCAGGGGGGAGGCUGGACACUGCCUCCCUGUGCUUGGGCCUUCCUGCCAGCCCCGGGGCUCCCCCGAGAGCACCCCCACAAAGGCCCCUCUGGGCUGGGGGGCAGCUUCUCUCCUGGGGUGGCACGCCAGGCCUGCCCCCCCAAAUCCUGGUGGUUGCCCCCCUGGCCUUCCUGCGCUGGGGCAGCUGCGACUGCACUCAGGGAGCCUUGGUAUUUAUUGGUGCUGGAGGGCGAAGGGGGCUGGUGCUCACCUAACGCCCGGGGGGCACCGUGGGAGCCAGCAGCCGCGCACCACGGGGGCGGGCACCAUGACUCACGCUCCAGCAGGAGCCUGCCUCCGCGUCCCAUCCCAGGCCGACUACCUCAGCCGCCCCAGGGGCCAGCACAGCCCCGUGCCUGUGGGGCCCAGGCCCCCUCGUCUCAGGCGCGGCCGCGGGCCUACCCCACGUGUGCUAGCACUAGCAUGUCACUAAUAAAAGUUCUGUGCAAGUCAAAGGCUGGUGUCUGGAUCCGGGGGGUGCUGGGGUGGAGUGGAAACUGUCCAUAAUAUUUUGUGUGAAUAGCAUGUGCGUGCCUCAGUUUCCCUGGGGUGGUGCCUGGUUAACAGGGGUGGGAGUGUUUGCUCUUUGCAGAGACCCAGAGCUAGAGGUGGGACUGUGCCCCAGCUGUGUGGGGCCUGGGCCUAGGAGAGAAGGGCCCAGCCAUGUG